AUGGAGACUACAUUCAUGACCAUUCACAACCUCAUCCCUAAUGCAAAUAUUAUGUUUGCAUCCGAGUCUAUUGCCGACAUCUUAGGUUACCGUCCGGAUGAAGUGAUAGGCAGGUCUUGCUUUGAAUACUUUCAUCCUGAUGAGAUUCCUUUUGCUCGCGAUAUCCAUAGCCGAGGCGUGCAACUAGACAAGGCUGCCGUCCUUCACUACGCCCGGAUCAGAGGCCGAGAUGGACAAUGGGUUAGUUGUGAAUGCGUCUUCACAAUUGUCUAUGAAGUCCUUGUUGCUUGUACAAGCAUCUACAGACAAGAUGUGAAGAGCGACCGCCGAGCAGCUGAGGCUCCAGCCGUUCGUCGUCUCUUUGCAUCAUCCCCUAGGGACCCUCGAUAUCAUAUGCUAGAACACUUGUCCGCCAAGUUCAGAACUCCACCGCAAGCAUCGCUUCUUGAACCCAGGGCUGCCAUCGUGCUCAAUCGGUUUACACGUACCUUGACUGUCAUGUACGCGACCAACGCUGUUUCAAGUAUCCUUGGUAUUACUCCGGAGCAGUUCACAGACAAGAGUUUCUAUGAAUGUAUUCAAGAAAACUGUCUGCCGGAGGCCAUCAGAUGCCUAGAGAGUGCAAAAGCCAAUGACUCUAUUGCUUACCUCCGCUUCUGGUACAGAGAUCCUCGCCGGGACGAGGAUCUGGACCAGGACAUGCGCGAAUCUAGUCAGAGCAGUGACUCCGAAGAGGGAGGUGCUGUACUUGAGGGACAGAUGGAUGUUGACUCGGCUCCCGCUGCUGAAAGCAGCACGGCAAACCAGAAUACGGCGCCGAGUGUCUCGUCAGCGGAGGCUCAUCACACCUCUUCUGGGGAAAGCAGUGACCUGAGCCAUAACUCUUCUGGGGCAAUUUUUGACCAAUCGCACGCCUCACGAUCCUCUACUUCUUCCUUAUCUCUCGUAUCUCCUGAAGAGCGCAGGCGCGUAAGGCCUGCACCCAUUCCUCAAGCCCCUGCGGAACCCUUUGAACUUGAAGCGGUAAUCUCGUGUACCUCCGAUGGGUUGGUGGUUAUUCUGCGCCGCGCUCGUCCACGUAUUCCUCAACCCGAACAAGUCUUGCCUCCAAUUCAGGCCUUUGCGCCCUGGGGCGUCGAUCCCAUCCGCCCACAUGUGUACCAGCCAGAUCCUCGCUUUCCUUUCCAGCAUGGUUUCGAUGCUCCUCAAUACGUGCCAGGAGGACCACCUGUAGAUGACUUUCUGAACGUGAUAAGAGAUGUGGGAUGUUUUGCCUGGUCUUUGGUCGGAAUAAAUGGAAAUAUUGGGGCAUAUUCCCGGGGGGUCCCAAAGGGAGAAGCUAUUCCUCCAGGUGGCAUGCCGAUCUGGGAUCCUUAUGCUCAACCGAACCCAGGCCACUCUCCUCCGGAGAAUCAAGCGGUGCUUAGGUGGGCUCGUGAGGCUCGUGAGGCUACUAAUCAGCCUGCGGACGAGAAAACACCAUACCACCACCCAGCGCGGCAAGAGAAUCCCUUGGAGUCUUUUCAGGACAAUCAUGAGGGCAAUAUGCGUGGAAAUGCCCAAGAGCAACCUGUAAUGUCCUCGAACCAGAACCCCCAUGCCAACUUUUCUCCAACAACUCAAGAUCAGGGACGGAGCCAGGGGGGUCGCUCAGACAAGGACUUAUGGUACUAG